AUGGCAAGAAUGUUAAAGGAAGACCUGUUAGAAUCCUCUUAUAGCUGGGAUAAAACCAUCCUGUGUUGUGUUCUAGGGGCUAACCCUCCAUUGAAAAUAAUGGAUGGAUUCUUACGCAGAAUCAAAAUUGAGGAAAUAUCAGUUUUGAGAGAAGGGCAAUUUGUAGUACAUUUUGACAGAGAGGAACAUAGAGAGGAAGUCACCAAGAGGAAGUAUUAUUUUAUGGAUAAUAAACCUAUGCUGGUUCAAAAAUGAAAGCCAGGAGGAAGGAUAAGUCUGGAGGAGUUGUCUGAUAUACCAAUCUGGAUUAGACUUCCAGACUUGGACCUGAAAUUCUGGAGUCUCAAUGGGCUGAGUAAAAUUGGAAGCAUAAUUGGAAAGCCUAUCCGAAGGGAUAAAGCUACAGCUACAAUGUCUAAACUGGGAUAUGCUAGGAUCCAACUAGAAGUGGCCAUUCAAAAUAAUUUUCCAGAUAAGGUCAUGUUCCUUGAUGAGGAGAGUUAUCACACAAAGAGUAGAAUAUGACUGGUGCCCUACAAAAUGUGGGAAGUGCCAUAAGCUGGGACACUCAGGGGAGGCAUGUAGAAAUAAGCAGGGGAAAGAGGCUGGGAGCAAGAGUAAAACCAUGGUUUGGAGACCUAAAAAGAACACUGAAGAUAGAGACAAAGAGAUUGCUCAACCAACAGAAAGAGAGGCUGGUAUCCUAAAGGAAUACUCUAUUAUACAGAAGGCUACACCAAGGUAUGAAGAGGAGUUUCAAACUGUUGAUAAAAAGAAAAGUGCCAAGAGAGGUAUAGUGUAUGAAGAGCAGUUUGUGGGAGGAAUAAACAAUAUAUUCCAUGAUGCCCUUUAUGAGGGGCAUUACCCCUUUCUUGCAUGAUUGGUUGCUGGAAUAUUAGGGGCAUGAAUAACCCUAAUAAACAAGCAGAAAUAAGGAGUUUCAUUAGUGAGAAUAAAAUUGGUCUUAUGGCUAUACUAGAGACCAAAAUAAGGGAGAACAACUUUCAAGAGGUGGAAAAUAAGGUGGUUAGGAACUGGAAGUCUAUCACUAACCAUCAGGAAGAAUUUGGGUCACUUGGAAUCCAAGGGAAUACAAUAUCAUAAAAGUAAGAAGUACAGAUCAAUUGAUUCACUGUAAGGUCAGAAGAACUGGAGAAGUCAGCCAUGAUGAUAUCACUUUUAUCUACGCACAUAAUGAUGCAGCCCAAAGAGUGGAUCUAUGGGAGGACAUUAAGAUAAUAAACAGUAGUAUCAAGGGUGAUUGGAUCCUGAUGGGGGACCCCAGUUGGAAAAGAGGAGAUUAAAGAAUUUAGAGACUGUAUAGACUACUGUGGUCUAGAAGAAAUGCCUAUGGAAGGGGCUUACUAUACUUGGUCGAAUAGACAAACGCAAGGGAAAAUAAUUUACUCCAGAAUUGACAGGGCCCUUUGCAACACUGAUUGGAUGCUUAAAUAUGGAUCCAAGGUGGUGAUCAAGGAAGAGGGACUUUCUGAUCACUCACCACUAAUCAUUGUCCAAGGUUUAAAUAAGAAAGCGAGAAGCUUUAGAUUCUGUGACAUGUGGGUACUGGAUCAGGAUUUCUCCAAAAUUGUUCAAAAAGUGUGGGAUAAGGACAUGGCAGGAAGAUUCAUGUUUCAGGUCUGCAUGAGAUUGAAGGAACUGAAGAAACUCCUAAGAAACCUACAUAAAAACAGAUUUGGGCCUUCGUAUCAAAGAAGUGAGGUUAUUAGAACUAACCUACAACAGAUAUAGACAGAGUUGAAGAGGAAUCCAGGGGAUGGGGCUCUCAUUUUAAAGGAGAAGGAACAGAUUCAACUUCUCAAUAAAUCUAUAAGGGCAACAGAUUUGAUGGUUUCCCAGAUGUACAAGGGGGAAUGUGUUAGAAUAAGUGACCAACGCUAGAGGGGGGGGUGAAUAGCGUUUGAUCGUAGAAAUCGCAGGAAUAAAAAAUUAAGAACGUGAAAAGUAAAGAGUGUAGAAAGCGUAAAGGGAGCACACCAAGAUUUAUACUGGUUCACCACAACGUGUGGCUAAUCCAGUCUCCCGAGAAACUCUCUCGAGCUACACUACUUCCGUUAAGCUUACGGGUGCUUAACAAACCGUUACAACCUGAGAACUCGAGUCCCACGAGNACUCAAGAACAAGGCUCUCUUUUAGAGUAGAUGUUGAGUAAACUAUAUACGCUCAAGAACAACUCAAACUUCACAAAUUGGCUCUAGAAAGCUAUGAAAAAUGAUGUUGUUUGAAUGCAAUGAUAAUAUGAAUAUUGUGAAGUGAAUUGAUGAGAAAAGCAGACCCAAACACCCCUUUUUAUAGUUCCAAAGUAGGCUCCAACGGACCAAUACAUUAAAGGGGUGAUUGGCUUGAUUUAUGGGAUUGAAUAAAUUUGGGAUCUGCAGGAUAUUGGCUUCUCAUCGAUGUUUAGAACUUACCCAUCGCUGGUAAGCCAAUUUUCCUUCAGUUUUGAAGCCAACGGUUACCUACCCAUCGAUGGGUAUAAGCUUCUCAUCGCUAGGUGGGAGGUU